AUGUCUUCGACAGGUUCCGGUGGCUACUCGGCCACCGAUAUCAUCACAUUUAUCGGUAUACCCUUAGCUGUCCUUGGCGUAUUGCCUAUUCUAUACAACACCGUCGCGACGCUAGCAGCCCUAUCCAAGAUCAAGCGCAUGCUUAGACACGGUCGCUUAACGGCAUUGACCCGCAGCGAUGUGGUAAAUCGGGUAAUCGAGGUGGAAUUACCACGAUAUGCCGUCACACCCUGUGAUCGCUUCGAAGACACGGAGCUAUACUGGAAGCUUUCUCGGCAGCCAAGCUCUAUCCCCGGCGGAUCGUGGACCACUUUCAACUGGCGCACCCGCGCUAUCGGUGCUAAAACUCAGCGCGUAGAGUACGCCGACCAGCUCCGACAGCCCCAAGUCGACGUAGCGUUUGAUAAACUCGUCGCCUACCUACUUGACCUAGGGGCCGUCCCCGAUGCACACGGCUGGAAGCUGCUGCGCUCAACAGGGUUAUGGACUCCAACAGGUUGCUCGUUAAUGAGCUCGCCUGAUAGGCAACAUGAGGCCUUAACCAUCGCUCCUUUAGACGACUCCGACGGGCACCUAUCCCUCAGGGUGGACUGGUCAUCAGACUGGACAACUAGAGACUUUUCUACCUUGCCUCCAUAUUGGAUACGACUUCCACCUCCGCCACAAUUAUUGAAGUCACCAGAGGUCACGGCAGCUGUUGGUUCCAAAGCAGCAUCCUCCACAACCGAGGAAGAACCCGAAUCCGAAGCAGGAAAGAUCAAGGAAAAAGAAGCCAAUAGUUUACGCAAACAGUCUCUCGAUUCGGUCCAGAAGCAGGCCGAGAAGAACACCAGCGCAACUAUAGCAUGCCAGAUAUCCAUCGACGGCCUCAUCUCCGCGAAGAGCCAGGAGGACGGGGCCCGACCGUCGUCCAUGAACCUACAGAGCCUCUAUAUCGAAUACCUCCAGAUCCGCCCCGGCCGGACCGAGGGUGUCUGGUUCGCGAGCAUCGCGACGGCCUACGGGACCUCGAGCCAGACCGUGCUGUGGAACUACAAGAUCCCCGACGAGAUCCUCACGUUCGCCCGCCGCGACAGCGUGCCCUGCGGCGUGCUCGUGCUCCUCGGCGUCGUCGACGAGUCCCAGACCCCCGCGUGGGCUACCAACUUCAACGGCCAAGACGAGGCCCGCGACCUGUUUAUCAGGCGUAGCGCCGACCAGCGCGCCGCCGUCAUGGCCGAGUCCAAGAUGGCCCCGCCUCAGAGAGAAGUUGCGGCUAGAGAGCGGAUGCAGAGGGAGAUGAACCAGAGGAUGCAAGACAUGCGCGACCGUUCGAGACUCGAGCAGCAGCGCCGCGAGGCGCGCACGUCCGAGGCGCUACAGAGCCCCAAGUGGGAUACGGGGCUCGUGGCCGAGCACUACCUGCGGUGGCUGAAGCAGAACGCCGACCGCGCAGCGUCCAGCAGCGGCGUCAGGAUCCACUCGGACCUGACUGUUCGGGACGUGGCGGGCUCGCUGCUGCACCGGAUGGUUCUGGACGGCGGGUUCGCCUCGUCGAUAUGCAAGACGCUCGACCUGUGGAAGGCCUGGGCGGAUAACGGCGGCAUGAGGAGAUCCGAUCUCGACGUCCCGUGCGAGGACCAGGUCCUGUUUGCCUUGGCGAGCCUCCUCGUCGCGCUGAUCAAGGAUACGUCUACGGCCCACGAGGGCACGCUGUCACUGGAUUUGCAGGAGUGCUUGCGGAUGUGGAAGACUGUGAGAUUAGGGUAA